ACGUGUAACGUACAACCACGCGAUCCACGUUUCUCUCACAUUAAACCGGCGCCUAGAACACUCCACAACAAUUUUUUAGUGAUUAGAGAAAUUUUAGUCAUUUUAUCACCGUUAUCUUACCAAAUUAUCAAAAUAUUAACAUCACUUUUUCUAGAAUUUCUCGCUCGCCUUUCCUUUCUGCAUACGCCUCUUUUCUCUGUCCAAACGGCUUCGCUUCUUCUGAACAUGGCGGGGAAGCUAAUGCACGCCGUUCAAUAUGAUAGUUAUGGUGGAGGAGCCGCUGGUCUGAAGCAUGUUGAAGUUCCAGUCCCUACUCCAAAGAAAGAUGAGGUUUUGAUAAAGUUAGAAGCAACUAGUCUAAAUCCGGUUGAUUGGAAAAUUCAAAAGGGCAUAUUGCGGCCUCUUAUGCCUCGUAAAUUCCCUCACAUUCCAGGUACUGAUGUGGCGGGAGAAGUUUUAGAGGUUGGACCAGGAGUAAAGAACUUCAAAACUGGUGAUAAAAUUGUGGCUAUGCUUAGCCAUGCUUCAGUCACUGUCUCACUGGAUGAAAAACAACGAUGGACAGGAGGUAAAUCAGGGGAAAAAAAAGCAUUGAACGGUGAUGUGUUAGAAGUCUCAUGUUUACUAGAAUUGAAAAGCACACGAAAAAAUUUCUGGGGAAUGACUGGAGGUGGACUAGCCGAGUUUGCAGUGGCUAAGGAGAGCUUGACAGUUGCAAGGCCAGCUGAAGUUUCAGCAGCUGAAGGGGCAGGCUUGCCAGUUGCCGGCCUUACAGCCCAUCAGGCCCUCACUCAGUCUGUUGGGAUCAAGCUUGAUGGGAGUGGCAAGCAGGCCAACAUUCUAAUAACUGCUGCCUCAGGUGGUGUGGGUCACUAUGCAGUUCAGCUAGCAAAGCUUGGAAACAUACAUGUGACAGCCACUUGCGGAGCCCGUAACAUUGAGUUUGUAAAGAGUUUAGGGGCUGAUGAGGUCCUUGAUUACAAGACUCCAGAAGGGGCAGCUCUGAAUAGCCCAUCUGGACGGAAGUAUGAUGCAGUGAUCCAUUGUGCCACUGGGAUUCCUUGGAGUACUUUUGAGCCUAAUUUGAGUGAAAAUGGGAAGGUUAUAGAUAUAACUCCUGGCGUUAAUGCCAUGCUGACUUUUGCUCUAAAGAAACUUACCUUCUCCAAGAAGCAGCUGGUGCCACUGCUUAUGGUUCCCAAAGCUGAGAACCUAGACUAUCUUGUUAAACAAGUGAAGGAAGGGAAGCUUAAGACAGUUAUAGACUCAAAGCAUCCCUUGAGCAAGGCUGAAGAUGCUUGGGCUAAGAGUAUUGCUGGCCAUGCUACUGGAAAGGUUAUUGUGGAGCCCUAGAUAAAUAUAUUGUUCUUAAAUUGUUAAAAGGUUACUACUAUACAGGUUGCGUAUGUGGGCCAAACAUGGAUUGUACAUUAGAGUAAGCAUGCUUCUGACGCUAUAUGUUUGUGUCUUGCUUUGUAUUUAUAUCUUCACGCUUUUGUGAACGGUUGAGAUUGGUUUAUUUUGUCUUGCAA